GCCGCACAGUGUCGCUGCGCUCUCCGUGCCGCUCCGUACGUGCGAAACGCCGUAGCACAUCGAAGAGCCACCGCGAGUGUCCGUGCGUCGUGCGAGUGAACAGCGUAGACGUAGUGCAUGCAAAAUGGCGUCCGUGCGCGCCGCAGCGGCGAUGCGUGUCGCCGGAAAACACUGAAGCGCGUGUCCCGGUGCUCGUCGGCUCAGCGAUAGUGCGUCGAACAACGCGCAUCCGCGUCCCCGUCUAGGUCGCGCUGCGGCGAGAGUGCGUGUGCAUCGGCGUCGUGUGCGAACGCCGCGGUUUUUGCGCGCCCCGCGCCCGAGCGAUGCGCUUGGAGCGCGUCGCCCGUUGAGAGCGUGCCCACGACCGAGCGUACGGCGACCCUGUGCCGCAGCCGGAGCUGUUUCCCCGUGCGAGCGGCGCUCUCGUGCCGGCGCCCCAGUGUGCACCAACCGAGCGAAAGAUGACAGCCAACAUGUAUCGAGUCGGAGAUUACGUGUACUUUGAAAGCACCUCGACCUCCCCGUACCAGAUUCGGCGAAUCGAGGAGCUUAACAAGACUGCGUCGGGGAACGUGGAGGCGAAAGUGAUGUGCUUCUUCAGACGACGCGACCUGCCCAACCAGUUGAUUCAGCUCGCUGACAAACACCAAUGUGCCUUAGAUGAAUCAAGCGGAGCGAGCCCCUCGAGCGAUUCGAGUCGAAACAACGAGAACGGCACAUCGUCGAAGCAACGCCACCAGAUGAAGCACCGCGAGCUGUUUCUUUCGCGGCAGGUGGAGACGCUGCCAGCCACACACAUCCGCGGCAAAUGCUCGGUGACAUUGUUCAAUGAAACAGAGUCGCUGCAGUCGUACCUGAACAAGGACGACAUGUUCUUUUAUUGUCUCGUGUUUGACCCCACGCAGAAGACACUGCUGGCAGAUAAGGGUGAAAUACGUGUCGGCUCGCGUUAUCAGAGCGACAUGACAUCGCUGCUCAAAACAGGCGAGACGGACGGUCGUGAGCUUAGUGAACUGGAGACAUUGGUGUGGACACCAGAGCACGAGCUAUCCGACCGACAGAUUGACCAGUUCCUUGUCGUAUCGCGUUCGGUGGGCACGUUCGCACGCGCCCUCGACUGCAGUUCGAGUGUGAAGCAGCCAUCGCUGCAUAUGUCGGCGGCGGCCGCCAGCCGCGAUAUAACACUCUUCCACGCCAUGGAUACGCUGCACAAGCACUCGUACGACCUCUCCAAAGCGCUCAGCUCACUGGUGCCCAGCAGCGGACCGGUGUUAUGCCGCGACGAAAUGGAAGAGUGGAGCGCGUCAGAAGCGAACCUCUUUGAGGAGGCGCUUGACAAAUACGGCAAAGAUUUUAACGACAUCCGUCAAGACUUUUUGCCGUGGAAAACGCUCAAGAAUAUAAUCGAGUACUACUACAUGUGGAAGACGACCGACCGCUACGUUCAGCAGAAGCGCGUCAAAGCGGUGGAAGCCGAGUCAAAACUAAAGCAAGUUUACAUUCCUAACUACAACAAACCAAAUCCGGCCGCGCUCAAUUCGGCGACCAAGGGUGGCGUCGUCAACGGCAACAGCAAUGGCAGCUCGGAUCCCGCCAUUUCACUCGGUGGCAAAUCUUGUGAAUCAUGCAAUGUGACGGUCUCAAGUCAGUGGUACGCCUGGGGACCAACGCAAACACAAUGCCGCGUGUGUCAGCAGUGCUGGCAGUAUUGGAAGCGCUACGGCGGUUUGAAGAUUCCGUCGCGUUUUGCAGAAUGUGACUUUGACGCCACUGGUGGCAAGAAGAAGUCCGGUAGCGACAACGAGGACGAAAAGGUGACGUCUUCAUUGUCGCACCGACCGCACCGCUGCAAUAUUGGCGGCUGCAUGAAAGAGUUUAAGCUGAAGGCACACCUCGCUAAGCACUAUGCGACCGCGCACGGUAUUAUGGUGCGCUCAGGCUCACCACGGCCCAUAAUGAAGACACGCACAGCGUUUUAUCUCUGCACAACGCCGAUAACGCGCAUUUCACGUCGACUGUGUCGAGCAAUGAUGCGACCUAGGCAUGCCGCGCGCGCGCCGUUCUUUGCCAUCAACAUUCAGGCUGUCAAGCAGGAGUGUAGUGCGCAAAUGACGGGUAAGACGAUAGCCGAGUUGAAGCAGCUGCUGGUGUACAAAAAGAAACAACGCGGUAGCGUAACGCAGAUUGCCAACCGGCUGGGCACGCCAGUCGGCCCCACGGCGCAGUGGCUCAUCCUGACCAAGAAGGAAGAUUUGCCCAAGCCGGAGAAGGUUGCGUAUCCCAAACCACCGAAGGCGCCGGAUGGCAGCCUGAUGUAUGAACGCGUUCCCAACAAGCCGGAGGCGGAGAAGAUACCGCUCAACAGCAUGUCGCCGUCGCUGAAGCGGCGCGCCGCCUUCGACGACAUGAACGGCAUCACCGACAGCUUCUAUUCCGAUUUGGAUUGGGACGAUGGACCGACGCUUGCCAACCCUCCCGCAAAGCGCCUUUCCAAAGACCACCAGCUGCCGAUGGGAAUGCAGCGGCCCAUUCAGGAGCCCAUCACACCCGUCGUCGCCAACGUGCCGCCACAGCUGCCGACGCCAGCGACGCAGUCACUGCCUCGUCACGUCUCCCUUAUCAACGGCAAGCCGAAGAUAGCACACAUGACGAGGACCGGCUCCGGACGAAAGCAGGUCAUCAGCUGGAUGGAUGCCCCGGAUGACUUAUACUUCCGAGCCACCGAGAACAGCAAAAAAAUACGCAAAGCCAUCUCGGUGACGGAAAUUCGAAGGAUUGCGAGAAAGCCCUGGCGAGUAGUGCGUUCCAAGGAGGACUUGCAGGUGGUUGUGCUAGACUAGAUCGGAGUGCUAGAAUCAGAACGGACAAUUAGUGCAUCAGUGCGCGCGGUCAUGCGGACGCGUAAAAACAUUGUUGAGAGUUGCAAACCAAAAAGGAAGCAAAAGCGAGCGCAUCAACAGAAAUACUUCUACCUCCGAUUGUUUUCCCCCAAUCACACUUACGACACGACACACGGUUUUUACUUGAUCAACACGAAACGAAAGUAUUUUAAUUUUUGUGUGCUUGAUUUCGACUUGUACAUGUACAUAAUUGAUUGAUUAAUUGCGAGACGAAUAAAAUAGGCGCAAAUCGUAUUUCCUGGUUGAGCGCGAAUCACGUUGGAUGUCGGAGAUGAAGGAGCAGCAGCAGCAGCAUGUGUAGAUAUAUCGGUUUAAUAUAUUCAAAGAUAAAUUAUGCAUCGUGUCUCUUAAAAGCGUACGUUUCAACAUGCGAGGAAAUAAACAAUAAGAAAUCUGUUUAGGCAUCGAGCAAAGUGCGCAGCCACAACACACACACACACGUUAAUUAUUAUUAUUAAUGCGAUGAUGAACACGUAGGAUAAUUUACAUUUUUUUCAUGAUAAGGAAUAAAAAAAAUAAUUACAUAAA